AUGAGCGUUGGUGUGCCGAAACUGCCCGCCGCAGCACUGCCCUUAUCAGCAACAUCCGUAGGCAGCUCACCGCCGAGCAGCGCUGAAGCGACAAACACGAACAAUUUCGCUUAUUAUACGGGCGCUGGUGACACAGUGGGCACAGCAGCAGCGCAGCGACAUGCUGUAGCAGCGACGCCACCACCACCAUCAACACAAACGUUGCCACCAUCUGCCACGUCCUCUUCGUCGGCGCAUUAUGCAGCACACCAGCAACAUUACCCCACGGGAAACACAGUUCCGCCACUUUCCGAUGCAUUUCACCACCAGCAGAUGCAGCUACAGCUACAACAACAAUACGAGCAACAUUAUCAACUGCAAACAGCGUAUUACCACCAGCAACAACAGCCACCACCGCAGUCACAGUUGCAACAAGACGAACAAGUGACGGCAUAUGUGGCGCCACAACAACAGUCCACUCAAUAUCAACAUGCGGCGGCAACAACGACAACAAAUCAACAACAUGCAGCGCGCAGACAAGCUACGCAGUCGUCGACCGUCACACACCAUGCAACGAACACAUCACAAGCAGCAACAACGCCACAACAACAACAACAACAGCAAACUCAAGCUAUGGCUCAUGCGCUGACACACACCACACAGCAACAACAACAACAGCCGCAACAGCAACAGCAAAUAUACCCAACAGCUAUGCUGGCAAUCGCCACCGCACCGCCACCACCAACAACAUACGGCGUCAGCAGUGGCAACGGUGCCACAGCCCCUCUAGCCAAUAUCAGCACUGUAAAUGCGACACAAAACGUCAAUGUCAUCUCGGCCGCGCCGAUUGUGGUGGAAUUCAGCAAUUUUCAAUUGAAUUGUAUGCGCACCACGGCGCCAACGACGACGACGAAUGGUGGCGCACCAGCAGCAGCGGGAACAUUGGUCGCAACAACGCAAGCGAGUAGUGAUGCAAAUCGUGGUUUGACGGGCAUCGCCAAUGGCCAAGCGAAUACGCAACAUCAUCAUCAUCGUCAUCACCAUCACUAUCACAAUGCUGCUGCUGCGGUGAGCAACAUGCAUGCGCAUACACAACAACCAACGCAACUGCUGCAACAGCCACCACCACCGCAACAACAGCAAUCACAACAGCAUCAACAUCAGCAGCACCAACACCAGCUGCAAUUAGAUCCACAUCAUCAUCACCAUCAUCAAAAUGUGCGACACUAUCAUCAUGCGCCACCGCCGCCACCAGCGCCGUUGUAA